AUGAGAGGUGGUGAUAGGACCAAAAGAAUCUGCUUUAGAAAAUCCCAGUCGACCUUGGGAGCAGCACAACUGGUGAAUAUUGAAAUUGAAGAUCUCCCGGAUGUUGUGCUGGUUGAAAUUCUUUGCCGGCUUCCAUGCUAUAAGUUUGUUUCAAAAUGCAAGCGCGUGUCCAAGCGUUGGUGCAAUGUCAUGGCCGGUCCUUAUUUUCUUCGCCGCUUUCUACGUCUCCAGAGUGAUCGUGACCAAACACCAAUAAUUCAUACUCUCGUAAGUAGCAGAGGGGAGGAGUUCCUUAGUAGAAUGUCAUCGUCCACCAUGCCACUAGCUCUGUUGUUUAAGAGACUCAUGAGUGUCCACCAUUUGGAAAAAGAGCCGAGAGUAGUAGCUACCUAUAAUGACUUAGUUUUGUGCUGUAAACAGUCGGGCUUUUAUCAACGUGAUUACUACAUCUGCAAUCCGAGCACAAUUCAGUGGGUUGUUGUUCCUCCCCCUCCUCGAGUUUACGAGUAUACACCAGUGGGAUUCAUGUGUGAUCUUCCUUACUAUAACUGUACGAAAGAUGAUCAGGGAGGAAGUUUCGUUCAGGUUAAUGCUGAGUAUAGGUGCAGGAUAGUGAGAUUAGUUCUUCCUCCUAACAAAUCUGUCCGCAAACUCAAAGUGCAAAUCUUCUCCUCUGAUACCGGUGAAUGGAUAACGUCAACUAUAUCAAUACCAUCAGGCUUUAUAUGUGACACCGUCCCUAUAGAAAGGAGCUUCACUUACAAUGGCUUGCUGUAUUUUGUGGGUGAUGAACCUGGUGAUCAAAACUUUCUAUUGGGGUUGGACCCAUUCAUGAUUGACAAUAGUGUCAUUGCUCACUAUCGUUUCAUUCGAUUUGAUGAUCCAGAAAAGUCUUUUGUACUUCGGUACUUUGGUGAAUACAGAGGGUGUCUACACAUGUGCGACUAUCAUACCUUUACUUUUUUUGUUCGGAAGUUGAAAGAAGAAGAAUUAUGUGGAGGAGCUGACCAAUUAUGUUUGGAAGGUAUAAAGGAUUAUUCAAUGGACUUAAGAAUGGUUCCGGGAUAUGAUGGAAUUCAAUUACUAUUUUUAGAUCCCAAUAACGAGGAUGUUAUAUAUCUGUACAUAGGCAAAGAUGUUUUCAGGUACAACAUUCGAACAAGAGAUUGGUCAAUGGUGGGUGAGAACGUUCUCUCUUUUGUUCAAUUUCCAGUUGUGCUCCCAUGGUGGCCAACUCCAGUGCCUAGACUACUACAACACGCCCAACCUGCGGGAAUAAAUAUCUGA